UCUUUGAAAUACUUGUCAUUUCUAUGGCUUGUUUCUGUUUCCUGGUGGACCAAACAAGGAAGGUCAGGAGCUUCAAGCCGGUAGCCGGAUCAUGUUCAAGAUGCGGCGGUGGUGCCAGUGUGGCUAACAUGAGAACUUCAACAAGAUUUUGUUAUGUUCCAUUUUACUGGAAAUCUUGGAGAGCUAUCAUCUGUACGUUUUGUGGAGCCAUUCUCAAAUCUUAUAGAUAAGUUUUGGAGCACAAAAAUAUCAUAUGUCUAUGAUCACUCCACUCGAUCUAAUCUUACAGUCAACCUUCUUCUCUUUCCGACUCCAUGGCGUAUAUUUCUUGAAAGAGAGCUUGGGUAAAAGGGUAAAAUAUAGCUCUCUCAUGUCUGAGAGAGAGAGAGAGAGAUGGAGGAGAUGUUCGCGAGUUGGGUGCUAUACCUAAUUAAUAAUGCUCCUGUAAGUCUAAUUAUAUCUAUGUUAGAGAAUAAGGAGCGCUAACUAGAGAUCUUUUUGUGGAGCUAGCAGCAGCUGGUUUGGUAGGUCUGCGAAUUCUGCACAGUUCAUGAAGUAUCAGAGUGCUAAGAGAGAGGAUUUGAACUCAUGGAAAGGAAUAUUUAUGUAACCAGCAUAAGGAAUAGAUUGAUCAGUCAUGAAUAAUAUAUUAAAAUUACUUGUUUUUCAUUCAUCGCAAGUAAUUCUAACUCUUUACCACUCUUGAUUAAAAUAGUUAUCGGCCAAUUUUUAGGCGUCGGAAAAUAGGAGGGAUAAUACUUUCAAGCUUGAUGGCUGAUGGCAACCACAGUUUCAUUACCGAGCUCGAGCCGGCCCAUUAAUGUACAUUACCAUGUAAGUUAAGUGUUUAUCGUGCGAAAAGUAUUGUAUAUUUUUUUGUGGACAUCAAAAGGUGUUGUUGAGCUGUGCUCCUAGGAUUCAAUGAUGAAGGUCCUGUUGUCAACAGAGAUUGGUCCUACAGCCAGCAGUAGCUAUGAAAUGGUUUAGAUGGUGUUUGGUAAUGUGAUGGCAGGUAAACCUCCUGUAAUUAUAUAUCUUAGUGUUUGGUAACAAAAAUAAAUGAUUUUUAUUGAUGGAA